UGGGUUGGUGUCCUGGUAACACACUAGCGGAUAACUGUAUCGGGCACACUUUUUGUGUUUUAGGUGUAGCAUACAUUUUGACGAAUGAAGGAAACGUGACAGACACUGAUGUGAUACAGGCAGCGCUGCUGCACGACACCGUCGAGGACACGGACACGUCGCUCGCCGAGAUCGAGAGCGUCUUCGGCGCGCGCGUCUGCGCCAUCGUCGCCGAGGUCACCGACGACAAGUCGCUGCCGAAGGCCGAGCGAAAGCGCCAGCAGGUGGCGCACGCGGCGCACGCGAGCCGCGGCGCGAAGCUCGUCAAGCUCGCCGACAAGCUGUACAACGUGCGCGACCUAGCGCGCGCGACGCCGGCUGGCUGGGACGCGGCGCGCGUCGCCGAGUACGUGGCGUGGGCCGAGCGCGUCGUGCGAGGUCUGCGGGGCGUCAACGCGCUGAUGGAGCGCGCGCUGGACGAGGCGUUUGCCGCCGCGGGCGUCGAAGUCGCGAAGGGGUCGCCGGGCGAGUGAGCGAGUGAGCGGAGGGGUCGCCAGGUGAGUGAGCGAGGUCGUGGAGGGGUCACCGGGCGAGGGAGCUGCGAGGGGUCACCGGGCGAGGGAGCUGCGAGGGGUCGCCGGGCGAGUGAGCGAGGUUGCAGAGGGGUUGCCAGGCGAGUGAGCGAGGUCGUGGAGGGGUCACCGGGCGAGGGAGUCUUUGUCAUAUAUAUAUAUAUAUAUAUAUAUGUAUAUGUGAUUCUAUUCUUCUCACCGUUUCACCACUGAUCCACCUGCCUUAAAUUAACAGGCAGCUCUAACCUCUCAUUGCUGUUGUAUGAUGUUCUAAAACAUAAUGCUUGGCAACAGAGUCGACGAUUUAGCGUACUCGCUAGAAAAAAAAACGCAUGUAAGCUGGCUGACCUUGUAACGGUAUUCAAGGUGGUCUGGCUCAGAUGGGUAGGGUAGUUCUAGAUUGGAGAAGGUGGGUAGGAUAUGGAUCAAAAUGUGAAUGCUAAACUAUUUGCAUUUAUUGUAUUAUAUAUGAUGUUACUAUUUAUUUGACAUCCAUGUUAUCGUUACAUGCGUAAGAUCGAGCAAUUAUUGUCAAAGUAAUGUUCCUCACGAGAUAAUGUGAAGAUUAUAAUAGACUUUCAAUGCAAUCAUAUUAUGUAUGUAAUGCCAUGUUGUCAAUGAUGCUGAUGUCAUUGCAGCAUAUAUGUGAUAUUUCAUUACUUAAUCGAUAUAUUCCACGUUUCAGCGUUUUAGUCGUGCUAGACUAGGAUUAUUGCGUGAUCUCACCAAUUGCAGUGGCCUUGUAGUGUUGUUGUACUUAAAAGUGUUUUGCUAUGGCUAAUCAUGUGAUACCUAUAUAGUUAUGUCAUAGACAUAUCACUAUAGAAGCUUGAAUAUCAUAGCCUUGUAGUAAAUUCCCUGAUUAAAGUAACACGUUCCACACAUCAUGCCCAUCUGCAAGGCAUUCCUAAUUUUAUUUUUUAUCAUUAAGUUUGCAUAUAUAUUAUCAAAGGUGUGGUGUCCGAGCAUAGAAAUAGAGACACCUAGAGAGUCCACCUAUUAUAGAGAGUCUACCUAUAUUAUUUGUAGGUGUCCGAGCUGUUAGCACUUAUUACUUGUCAUGUGGUGCCACCUACUGGUUAGACGGGUUGCUGGUUGUUUCGACGCAGAAGAAGAUGAAAAUCUUGUUUCGCAGUACUGGCUGCUGUGGAACUGUGCUCGUUUAAUUAAUAUAACGCGGGGUAGAAAUUAAUAUAAGCACAUGAAAAGUUAGUGGCACCAGCUGUUUUCGGAAAGGUGGAGGAUUACUGAUCUAUAUGUAAUCCUAUUAUGUUGUAUAUAAUAUUAUAUAUAGAUCAGAUUUGAGGUCACACCUGACAGAUUUCUAAACCGCGUACAGAAAGAAAGUAAAAUUGAUAUAUGUUACUUUAUAUAUGAAAUCACGGUUAUGUCUUUUACCGAAUAAAAAUAUUGAUUGCA